AUGCCUCCUCUCUCCAUUUCUGCGGCUCACGUCGUCGGGCUGCACCCGCCAGCAGCUCUCUUCGCUCGAAAAGCAGCCACACUCACCUCCCAGCAACAACGCCGAGGACGAACCACCUCCUCCACGUCGACGACAUCUUCCUUCGACAGCCCCUUCGGACAAUCCAAGGAGGGCGCGUCCACCCUCAAGAUCCCCAGCUUCAAGAAAUAUGCCAGCAAGUCCGGCGAGUCGUCGAAUAAGGUGUUUUCUUACUUCAUGGCUGGCAGUAUGGGUUUGGUGACUGCUGUCGGUGCCAAAGCGACAGUGCAAGAUUUCCUCGUUAACAUGUCUGCUUCCGCCGACGUGCUCGCCCAAGCCAAGGUUGAAAUUGCGCUCUCUGCGAUCCCGGAAGGCAAAAACGUUAUCAUAAAAUGGCGAGGCAAACCCGUCUUCAUCCGCCACCGCACCCCUGACGAAAUCCAAGAAGCAGAAAACGCCAAAUGGGAGAGCCUCCGGGAUCCUCAGCCCGAUUCGGACCGUGUUCAGAAGCCUGAAUGGCUUGUUAUGCUUGGCGUCUGCACCCAUCUCGGGUGUGUACCCAUCGGCGAAGCGGGUGAGUAUGGAGGAUGGUUCUGCCCGUGCCAUGGUUCCCACUAUGAUAUUUCCGGCCGUAUCAGAAAAGGCCCCGCACCUCUCAACCUCGAAGUCCCACCGUACAGUUUCCCCACCGAGGAGAGUCUGAUCAUCGGUUAG